AUGGCUAGAGAGUCUGACCCUGCAACCAUCCUAAACACCAAUGCACCACAUCAAACUCUCAUCAGCAUCAACGUUGCUGCUCAAGCUCCUCUCAAACUCUCCUCUACCAAUUACCUCUCUUGGAAAUUACAAUUCCAAUCCCUCUUCAUUGGCUAUGAUCUUCUUGGCUAUAUUGAUGGGUCCAAACCAUGCCCGCCAGCCACCUUGACCCAAGAAAAUACCACCACACCCAAUCCCAGUUACAGUUUAUGGAUCCGACAGGACCAACUGAUUCUCAACGCCAUUAUUGGCUCCCUUUCACCCACCAUUAUCUCCUUCAUAGCUCAAGCCCAAACCUCUAAACAAGCCUGGACAAUUCUAGCCAACACAUAUGCUAAACCCUCUCGUGGCCGCAUCAAACAAAUCAAACACCAACUCAAAAACACCACCAAAGGCUCCCUUAGCAUCACUGAGUUUAUGCAAUCCAUCAAAACUCGAGCCGAUGAUCUUGCUCUUAUUGGCCCCCCUUGA